CAGCUGGAGAGCUCUCUUGUCUACCGCAGGCUCUGAGCAAAAGAACCUCUCCAGAACAAGAGUCGUGACUCCUAGACGUUUUAAUUUAAUGUAAUUUAUUUGCUUCUCGCCGCGUCUUCACCUCGAACACGAUGUGACUUUGUCACCUCCAGUAGAAUUCAUGUAUUUGAAAAGAGCCGGGAGGGAAUGCGCACCGACGAGAAGCCGAACUGUGGCGAAUGGAACUUAUUGUCGUCAAUUUGUUGUGACUAUGUUCUGCCCAAGUGACUUUGGGUUCGGUCCAUCUCUACUCGUCGUCGACCCUUAAUUUUUUUCAGGGUUGGGGGGGGGGAAUUUUUGUUCUUAUCCGAACAGUCGAAGGAGAGGAUUUGUGAGAAGCCAGGAAGCGUUUUCCUGCCGAGCCGGGGAUUUAAAUCGUCAUUUUGUGCUGCUGCUGUUGGAGAGACGAGAGGAGGCAAAGAAAGAAAUUCAUGUGGCCAUUCUCUCUAUAGCCAAAACAUUUUUGUUUUUUGGGAUUGCAUAAUGAGCAAGGAAAGACCCAAGAGGAAUAUCAUUCAAAAGAAAUACGAUGACAGUGAUGGGAUCCCAUGGUCAGAGGAGAGGGUGGUGCGAAAGGUGCUUUAUCUCUCCCUCAAAGAGUUUAAGAGUGCACAGAAACGGCAGCUGGAUGGGGAUGGAACCACAAACCCCAAUGGUUCUCUAUCCAAUAGGCAGCUGAACGGCUCUGGGUCAAAGGGCAGCCAUAAAGAAGAUGGUUCCUUGCGCUCUCAGAGCCUGCAUGGGAGCAGUGAGUACUGUGAGGACAGUCCUGCAAAGAAGAGGUGAGACCGCAGCUCUGAACCUAUUAAGUCAUGAUGUUA